GCUCACAUUUUGGGUUGGCUGCAGCCUGGAGCGACACUGUUAAAGUGACGUGAGUGCUUGACGAUACUAAAUGGCAGCAUUUGAAAUAGCCUACCUGCCUGCCCGCUCACCCACUCGCUGAUGCGCUCACGACCCCAUCAGAAGCGCUUCAGCACCGCGGUGCCCCGGACAGCUCCUCCGACUGCUCUGCUUCCAGGAUUUGCGUCUGCGGGACAUUUGCUGAAUACGUUUUGUUACUUUAACGAAGGCAAACUUUCAAGUCACGGUGGGAGAGAUGAAUACUGAAAGACCAUCAAAUGUCUCCUUUUUUGAUUUCAUUGGAGGAGUUCAACUUCUUCAAGGGGAGAACACCCGGACAGCCAUGCCUGUCCUCUUGAUCGGUGUCUGCGUGUCCGGAGCGGUUGGGAAUUUGCUCGUUUUGCUAAUUUUCAUCCGUGACUUCAGGAACGGAAAGGGCUCUGAGGUAAAAGCACUUCUCGCUUCGUUAGCUUCCACGGAUUUGGUGAUCCUGUUAUUGUGCGCGCCCGUGCGCGCCAUCACCUACUAUAAGCAGACCUGGACCUUGGGGAGUUUUGUGUGCAGCACCACAGACUGGUUCCAGCACUCGUGUGUGGUUGCAAAAACUUUAAUCCUCGCAUUCACCACCAGAGCCAAACACACUUUGGUUCCCAGCAACGCCACGGGGGGUCUGCACAACCCGACGUGGAUUCACGGAGCCCUGGCGUUCAUUUGGAUAGUGUCCAUGAUGUUUCCCAUCCCUCAGAUGCUGUUUGCCUCCAUGCUGCCGUAUGGCCGCGACAAUAUUUGCGUCUCCGAAAUGCCAGCGUGCGCGUCUGAUUUCAUGAGUUUGUUCUACAAGAUUUAUCCGACUGCAACCUUUGUUGUGCCAGUCAUCUACACAGUGGCCUACUACACUAAAACGCUGCACACUGCGGUGAACCACGCACCGAGACCGCAGCACCAGAGCAAAGUUAUCCUGGUUUUAUUGUGUCUGAGCGGAGCCCUCGGGCUCAUGUUGCUGCCAGAGUGGGGGACAUUCACCUGGAUCAGACUCGGCUACUCCAGGCCACCCGUGGGUUUAAUGAUGUUCGCGCAAGUCCUCCUUUACGCAUGCAGCUCUUUGUCCCCGGUCAUCUUGAUGACCAUGUACGACGAUGUGCGUCAGGGACUGAUCAGCAUCUGGUUUAUCGGGACCUGCAGACGCAAGAAGCGCGUGCCCCGAAAAAAAUGUCCAAAAACGGAGGGGAACGGAGCAGAGGUCGGGGCAAACGCCGUCACCAACGCGAUCUCACCAGGGAACGAGAAGACGUUCCCAGAUGUGGAGCACUUUUGGACAGGGCGCAGAAAUACACACGUGGAAGAGGACCAGGACCCGGUUCCAUGGGAGAGAGAGGAGAAAAUGUUGUAAUCAGAAGUAUCUUUUUUUUUUUUCUUUUAGCAGAAUAUUUCUGCUUGUUCUGGACUGGUUGCUAGUUUUUUUGACCCACAACGCAGACCCUGGCUGAAAGUCUGUAGUGGCCUGUUUGCUAUCGUAAGCUUGACUAGAUGUAAAAUAAACUCAUACAGUAUGUUUCGGUGUUACGCAUAUUUCUGUUCUUUUGAUUUGAAUAUUUCUUUUAUUUGCCCGCAGUUUUGCUACGCUGUCACUUAGAACAUGUUUAAUAUGUAGCAGAGGAGAUUUGUACAGAUAAGAAGCCAGUGUAAAUACUCAGAACAUUCAAAUUGUGAUUGUGUACAUGUGAUGCAUAUCAUCGAUAUUAAAACCUUCUCAAA